UCAUCUACAAAAGUCAAGCAAAGGAGAAACAUUAACUCUUUUAUUUCUGUUGCGUUGAAACUGAUUAAACAUAUUUUCGCAGUUACAUAUUUCUACUGAGUUUUGAUUAUACCUGUGGCCACAUGUUUCACUCUGCCCCCUGUUUGGAAUGUUGGGGACACACCCUAUUGGCUGUCUUUGUGUUCUAAACAAAGAAAUGAUCCAAUAAGAGGACAGCUAAGGGUGGUGACCCCAUAAUAUUAUCAUCAUUGGCACUGGUCUAUCAUUUGGGGGAACAAUGAAGUGGACAUAUAGAGACAUAUGGUCUAUAGAUGCCACUGUUUAACAUCUCCUUUUACUCUUUACCUGAUGCACUUUACUACUGAGCCUCAUUGAGGUGUCAUUCUUAUGUCUGUCAACAAUUUCAUUUAAAUUCUUAAGCACGUUUUUAAAUCUAAAGCAGUUUCUGAAAUAAAAUUGUAUAAUAUUGUGAUGUAAGUUUUAUUUAUUUAAUACAUGCCGGUGUUUUCCUUCCAAAGCAAAUUCAAUGAGAGAAAGAUUUGUUCAUAAAAUAUGAAUUAAAAGAAAUGAAAAUUCCUGAACAGGCUAGAAAAAAAAAAAAAUACCAUAUUCACAUGCCUGUUAUUGAAAUAUCUCCUCCUUAUGAUGUACAUUGAUAUAUAAAAAAUGAAUUAUGAGCUUGAACUUCCUGGCCUUCCUGUCAGAGAGCCAUCUAAGGACAGCACGGUCCAAUGCUGAUCUUUGCUUUGAUAGUCCAGUUGACUGACUACCCCCUUCACUUUCUAGCAGGCUCAUGGUGUGGCUCCUACUCACUAUUGAUUGUCUUGUCUUUGCAGAGACAGAUGAAUGCAUUAGUACCCAAGUCGUUCCAGCCACUGGAAAUAUAUUAACUUCAUGUAUUAGGCACCCUGUCUCGUUACCAUAGCGACACUUGGAAAAGACUGGGAGGGGAGGUGGAGGCAGGAGAAGGGGGUUUUGGGGUGAUGGAAUGGGGGAAGGGUGUACGAUAUGGGAUGCAAUGAGCUUGUGGGCUUGAUUGGUAGUCUUUCUAUUACACAAACACACACACAUCGAGGCGAUGCUUUGUAUUCCCCUAUAAUGCAUCAUCUUUUUUCAGCGUGUGUGUUUCCACCCUUACAGUUUAAGAGGCAAUUACGCUUGCUCUUAUGUCUCAUUAUUGCACCUAUCGUUUCGUUUUUGCAUUUUGUCUUUAUUUCCUAUGUGAUCAUUCACGUUCAAAGUCUUUUCUCUUUGUUCCGGUCAAUUUAGAUCAUUUGCUAUAUCACAGUACCCCACCACCGACAUCAACAGGCACAUACAUCUCUGUAAUUGUGCUCCACUCUCUGUCUCACUCGCACACACAUUCACACCUCCUUGCAGGAAAAAAAGGUGCAUGAUGGGAGAAAGAAAAAGGUUGAGGAGACAAUGGUGGAAAAGUGUUCAAAAAUGUAGGGAAGCACAGCACAAGACUGUGAAAACCACAUGCAUAUUUGUGAUGUGUUGUUUGUUGCUGUCUUUUGAAUCAAAUUAUUGCCAUAAUGAACAUUUAGCCUUACUUGAUGACUUAUAAGUUAUGACAGUAAUCAGAAGCCAAGCAUGUUAGGAAUCCUCAAUUCAACAUAAUUGUCUUAAUUGUAACAUAAAUGCUUCAUUUCGGCAUUCUUAUUCUCUGUAUUGAUGUGCUUGUGAUUUGAUUUGAAACGUGUCAUCAUGAUGUCAUUCUUUUUUGAUUUUUUUUCAGUUACAGAUCCAGAAAUAACAAAAAUGUUUGUGUUGAAGCUAAUCUUUUUUAGCGCUAUUAUUAAUGUAGCUUUUGGCUGUUAUCAGUGCUUUAUCGAUGUCGAAGACAGUCUUCGUUUGUGUUGGGGCCACAUUCUUACCGAAUACAAUACAAGGAAUGUAGAUUUUUGUUUCAAAACUCUGGAUCGAAUAUUCAACGAUGAAAUGAGAGUAAUUGAGGCGGGGAAAGUGGGGAGAGGCUUUGACUUGAUGCUGAAGGAUAUCUUGCUGUCUGAAAUCAUGCCUAUAGUGGAAGAAUUUGACCUGAACACAAAUGAAGACACUGUAUAUGAAAUCAGGUUACAAGCAGCUGCAAACAAUUUCAUCACUGAGGCCUCAAAGCUACCUAGAGCCUCUGGAUGCUUCCCCCCAUGUGGUUUCCAAGAGCAAGGUGCUGUUUACAACUGCAUGACCUGUCAGUAUGAUUCCUGCGAGUUUCCGCUCGACUGCCCUGUGAAGGAAAUCAAAAUAGUGGAGACCAACAGGACUCAGAUGAGGUGUAAGGUUCCAUUCAUCUUGCCCACAGACAUAGAGAUAGUCUGGAGAUAUGCAAUGGAAAAAACAGUAUUGAUGGAUAAUUUCAAGGAGGUCACUGUUGGUGUGGAUCCUCUUUACUUCAUCCCAUCCGCCCGGUUGGAGCACUCAGGCACCUACCAGUGUGAAAUAUUCUCUCAGGAACAUUCUCUUGCCCGCAUCUACUACUACCUCACAGUGGUCCCUUUGGCACAGUUAGGUCAUGCAGAACUACAAGAGGUCUUUGACCAGGCUCUCCUUCCGGGUGGCCAGUUCCCUCACCUGUCCCAGACUGUUCCAGUCACCUUGUGGCUGCCUAGCCCUGUACUUCUCACCAUGUGUCUGAUGUCAGUGCUCCUGCUGAUCUUCAUUAGUCUAGGGGUGCUGUGUUGGUUGUCCUGUAAGACAGAGACCAGCAACUAUGAUACAGCUCAAGACAAAACAUACACAGAAAAGAUAUAUUUGAUUCACUGCUAAACUAAGACAUCCACAUGUGAAAAGAAAUAAAAUAUUAAGGCAAAAGCCUGUUUUACUUGUAAAGAUAAUUCCCAUUUGAGAUACAAAUAAAUUAUUCAACAGUUCGAUUUAUUAUGCAUUUGAAAAUGUAUUGUCAGUAUCAAACUACAGAAAACUUUUAAAUGAGUUGUUUAAAGGUUUAAAUGAGGAGAACACACGAGGAGUCGGCAUUGGGAGUGUGUGAAUAAAGCUGUACCGCUAGCUCACGUUAUAAAGCCUUCUUUGUGUUACUAAAUAUAGCCAGACAUGACUUAACUCCGCAACUCCUUUUAUAGUCAUUACUCAGUGUUAUGUUUCCUUCUGUUGUCCUAAUAACUCAUGCCAAAGGGCGCGGAAGAUACUUUAUUGUACAGCACUGCAAUUACCAUUGUUUACCAUUGCAUGUAGUUUUGAUUAAAAAAAUGGUGGUGUGUGUUAUAAACGCGCAUGCAAGGAAUAGUUCACAAAAAAAAGGUCCCCAUUGACCCCAUUGAUAAAAAUUACAAUGGUCAAGUGAAUGCAAAACCAUCUUUGGGAGAAUUAGCUUUGA